GGUCUCUGCAAGGCCGUCGGUCCGUCCGCCCGCCCUCCCGGCGCUCCUCCGCCCUGGCCCCGCUAUUCCGGCCACGCACGUCGCUUCCUCGGUUCCGGCCGCCGCUAGCCCGUUCCCCGCCCCCAGGCCGGCCGCCGCCGCUACUCGAGGCCGGGGAUUGGCAGUGCGCGUAGGCCGCGCCGCCGCCGCUGGAGCCGGAAUAAAGGGGCGGCCGAGAGAGCAGCCGGUCGCCACUCGCCCCGCGCCUGACCCCGCGGGCGGCCUGGAGCAGGAGAAAACUUAGAAACUUUUCGAUGUUUGAGGCAGAGAAGCUGGAAACCUGAAAGUCGGUUGCAUGUAAUUCUAAAAGUUCCUCCCUCUCGCUGUCAUUACCUUCUGCUGCCACAAAGUGGUGAGUUAGAGAUUUGCCUGGGAUGGGUGGUCUUUACCUUCCAUUGAUUACCCAAAAUGUUAGAGACUUGGAGCCAGGGAAGGCAGUCGUCUCUGGAAAGGUGGUUUUUUCCAGGUUGUCCUGGGAAGAGGAGAAAUGCUCUGUGUGUAGCAUGUUUCUUUCCACAUUGCCAAGGGAAACUUCUGAUUGUCUGCUUUUUCCUGCAGGCCUGGCAACUGUGAUUUGGAGGAUUUAGGAGUUUUGGGUGCUCUGGGAGCUAACUAGAGCAGGGAUGUUCUGCUGUGGAGACCUCCAGGCUGGAACCAGUCAUCAGGGAAGGCAGAGCCACUCUGGCCUCGAGGGCACCCUGCUUCGGAGAGCCACGCUAGCCUGUAGGCAGAGCCUUGUGGUCCGCCUAGCAUGUCGGAGAGCUGGCAGCAGCCCCCGCAGACGCAGCCGCAGCAGCCGCAGCCACCGCAGCCUCAGCACCACGCAGAGCCCCCACCGGCCCUGGCUGAGCACACCCUGCCCCCGGGCUCGGCCGAGAACCCCCUGGGCUGUGCGGUCUACGGCAUCCUCCUGCAGCCAGAUCCGGGCCUCCAGCCCCCGCAGCACGCGCCCCUGCAGGCGGCCAGCGAGCCGGGCCCCAAGUGCGGCGUGUGUGGCCACGACCUGGCGCACCUGUCCAGCCCGCACGAGCACCAGUGUCUGGCGGGCCACGACCGCUCCUUCCAGUGCACGCAGUGUCUCAAGAUCUUCCACCAGGCCACGGACCUGCUGGAACACCAGUGCGUGCAGGCCGAACAGAAGCCUUUCGUCUGCGGUGUCUGCAAGAUGGGAUUCUCGCUGCUCACGUCACUGGCGCAGCACCACAGCGCGCACAGCGGCACGAGCGGCCUGGUGAAGUGUUCCAUCUGCGAGAAGACCUACAAGCCGGCGGAGGCGGCAGAACCCGCGGCCGCCGCCGCCGCCACCCCCCUACCCCCAGCCCCCGCGCCGCCUCCGCCACCGCCGCCCGCUGUGGCCCCUGGCGAGCAGGCCGACAAGCCCUACAGCUGCCCCAUCUGCCAGAAGCCCUUCAAGCACCUGUCGGAGCUGUCGCGGCACGAGCGCAUCCACACAGGCGAGAAGCCGUACAAGUGCACGCUGUGUGACAAGAGCUUCAGCCAGUCGUCGCACCUGGUACACCACAAGCGCACGCACAGCUCGGAGCGGCCGUACAAGUGCGCCGUGUGCGAGAAGACCUUCAAGCACCGCUCGCAUCUGGUGCGCCACAUGUACGCGCACUCGGGCGAGCACCACUUGUUCCGCUGCAACGUGUGCGAGCUGCACUUUAAGGAGUCCUCGGAGCUGCUGCAGCACCCGUGCACGCCGAGUGGGGAGCGGCCGUUCCGCUGCGGCGAGUGCCAGAAGGCCUUCAAGCGGCCGUCGGACCUGCGGCAGCACGAGCGCACGCACAGCGCAGAGCGGCCCUUCAAGUGUGACCUGUGCCCCAUGGGCUUCAAGCAGCAGUACGCGCUCAUGCGCCACCGGCGCACGCACAAGGCCGAGGAGCCGUUCAAGUGCGGCCUGUGCGAGAAGGGCUUUGGGCAGCCCAGCCACCUGCUCUACCACCAGCAUGUGCACACCCUUGAGACCCUCUUCAAGUGCCCCGUGUGCCAGAAGGGCUUCGACCAGUCGGCCGAGCUGCUGCGGCACAAGUGCCUGCCGGGCGCGGCCGAGCGGCCCUUUAAGUGCCCUGUGUGUAGCAAGGCCUACAAGCGCGCGUCCGCCCUGCAGAAGCACCAGCUGGCGCACUGCUCGGCCGCCGAGAAGCCGCUGCGCUGCACCCUGUGCGAGCGCCGCUUUUUCUCGUCCUCUGAGUUCGUGCAGCACCGCUGCGACCCGGCCCGCGAGAAGCCGCUCAAGUGCCCGGACUGCGAGAAGCGCUUCAAGUACGCGUCCGACCUGCAGCGGCACCGGCGGGUGCACACGGGUGAGAAGCCCUACAAGUGCCCCAACUGUGACAAGGCCUUCAAGCAGCGCGAGCAUCUCAACAAGCACCAGGGGGUGCACGCCCGCGAGCAGCAGUUCAAGUGCGUGUGGUGCGGCGAGCGUUUCCUGGACGUGGCCCUGCUGCAGGAGCACAGCGCCCAGCACAGUGCUGCCGCAGCGGCUGCGGAGGGCGCCUACCAGGUGGCUGCCUGCCUGCCCUGAGUGCCGCCCAAAUGCGCGCCUCCCGAGCGCCCCCAACGGCCCCUGCCCCGCACUCUACCCGCCGUGCCCUCCCAAGCCGGAGGGUAUGGGCAGAGGCUGGGUGGGGGUGCCCAGCACUCCUGGUACCGGCCUGGAGGUAGGGUGUGGGGAACCAGAUUGCUGUGGCUGGCCCUGAUCCCACAAACCUCUUUCCCAUUACAGGAUUCCCUUACUUGAGAGCCAUCAGCCUCCCUUAUCUCUGGGGGCCUGGAACCAGGCUGGAAGUCAAGUGGACUGUCUGAAUCCACCCCAAGGAGGGAUUGGUGCCAGCCUCACCUCCCCAAACUUUUCAGCCUAAUUAGAAACCAGAUGGGGUAGGAAAGAGGAUGGCCGUGGUCAGGUGUGGGAGAAGGGCUAGAUCCUGUUUGUGGGCUGGAUAUAGGGCAGCUGUCCUCCAAGUCCUGUUUGAGGGAGCAGGCGGCUUUGUGAUGUAGUCCUGGGGACCAGGAAGGGCGGACGGUGAGCCUGAGCUGCAGGCCUCUUCGUCUGCUCCAGCUAGGGACCGGUGUGGCCUCCCAGGUUCCGACAGGGAGACAGACGGGAGGGCUGCACAUCUGUGAGUGGGGUGGGCCUGGAGAGAAUCAGCCCCUCCAGAAGGGAGGAGGCAGAGAAGUUGUCCUGUGACACACUCGGCCAGGGACAGUGCUGUCCACAGGGAGAGGAGGAAAGGCAGCUUUCGUACUGAGGGCUGCUCCAGCUAUACAGAAAACGCCCCUCCUACCUUUGCAGCAUGGUACCAAGCUCUGGGGAGUGUGUUCUUGGCCUGACAGAACUACUGAUGGGGAAGAAGGGGACUGUUAGACCACCUUGGUGCCUGGGAGGAAGCAGGGCCAAGUCCAUGAUCUUAUCAGUGGACGGAAACAAGUGCCCUCCCCCUUGAAUGUGUGAACCAAAGUGUCAAGGGCGGCCCCAAACAGCUUGCCCCAGCUCUGCUUCUGGGCUAAGACCAGGCCUGGGCACCCAGGGUGGGGGAAGUGCUCUCCUAGUGACUCCACAGUGCUCUCCUAGCCCCUGGGAAUCCUCCCCAUCAGUCUGGCUCCCGGCCUGGACCCCGGGGGUCUUUUGCUGCCAAGCCAAGGUGCCCUGGACAUUAUCCACUGACUUCCAAGGCCAGAGAUUCUCUCUGGGGUCCUCCUGGGGUCCCUGUAGGUCUCUGCCUGCCCACGAGGGCUCAUUGAGUUAGGGGUGCCCAGAGCAAUAGGGAGCAGGCCAAGGAAGGGGUUGUCAAGGGAGCCAGUAGGUGCCUGGAGUUGACUGAGAUUGCUGGCCAGCGGGGGUGGGGGCCCUCGGGAAGCCCAAAGGACCUUUAUUAUCAAAAUGAUUCUUCUGAACCCAGCUGUGCCCUUACCCCGCCCUCUUCCAGCCCUCCUUGGGCGUGGGUCUUGAAAGACUUUAAUCAGUGCUCACACCAAGGGCCCAGAGGAGCAGGGAGGCCCGCCUUGUCUCGUUCUCACCUUGAGAAGGCUGAACAGCCCAUAUCCGCCUCCUCUCUGGGACUGGGCUCCCUUCCUGUGCCUGCAGAGAGGGGCUGGUCCUUCCCCUCGGUGCUGGCUCUCAGUCACAAUGCCUCAAAAGACAUGGAACCCAGGCCGACAACAGGCCCAACUGCUAAUUUUUCCCUUUCCUUUUGCUUUCUAAAAGCAGUUGUUAUACUGUUCAUAACAUUGUAUAGUUUAAUUUCAUGUCAUUUUGGAUCUUAUAUAAAAAUGUGAAAAUUUGGAUUUUUAAAAAAGAAUGACUCCAUUUUAGAUAGCCCCUUUUGAUGUUAAUAUAUAGUGAGUCCAAUGUAUGCUUUAGAAGUAAAGACAUUGACCAUCACAGA